AUGGACGAGCAUACAAUCAGAAAGAGAAACAGACCAAGUUUGGUCUGUAAACCAUGCAAGAAGAGAAAGAUCAAGUGUGACAAAGGAAAGCCAUGUACGUCUUGUGUCAAAAACAAGAUGGACCAUCUUUGUGUCUAUGACGAAAAAUGGAUUGGCAGCAAGAAAUCCAAAAGAUCAAAAACUACUGUUGCCAAAGUGCUACCAUUGGCUUCUUCUGUUCCAGGUGUAAAUGCUAUUACCAAUAACGGAAUAUCCAUCCACACUGGAACUAAGGACCCGAAUAAGGAAAAAUCUGUAGUUGUGAUAGUGCCGAAGUCAGAACUUGACGAACUACGGGCAAAAGUCCAGAGGUAUGAGCAUGGUAUGAUAUCUCCUUCGAGAUCUGAUAACUCGGAGGAACAGAACAGUACUCUGUCAUCGACAAUUAGUAUCCAUUUCUAUAACCGAUCCAUAAAUCCUACCAAGCGUUCAUUGUAUGCAUAUCAUGAUCCAGAUAGACCUGGAGAGAUCCCCGUUGACGAUCUUUUUGUGAACAACCAGUGUUUUAUCACCAGAGAUAUGCCACCGCCUAAAGCCAAGCGUAUGACGUUGGAUGACGUGCCCAAACACGAUUACUACGCAGUAGGUAUCAACCCGUACGAAUCACCUACAGACACUAUUAACUUCUACGAAAACUAUAACCCUGUACAAGUGAAGGACUGUUCCAAACGUAUAAGCUUUGGACCUCUUGCAUGGGCUACGAUUCUGAAGAAGGACAGAACUCUCUCGCUUAUCAAGAAAUUCACGUCAUCACAGAAAGCCCAGUCGGUUUUGGAAAGGAUCAAUAGGUCCAGAACUGCUACGGCAGAACCCAACGCUGUCUUAGUCGGCUGUAUGGUAGAACCACCACAAGAAGAACUCAAGUCCACAUUGAAUGUAGAUGGCAGCCAAAUCAAACAUUUUGAGCAGAAAGUAUUGGAAGAGGAAGGUUACAAUGACGUUAAGCCAUAUAACGAAACGAAGACAAGUAGCAAGAAGCAAAGUGCAAAAAAAGAAGUAUCACACAACAAGUCUCUCAUGUUGGGGCUUACUAUUUUGGAGAAGCUGAUCGAUAGAGAGUUGAAACUUAUCGAACAGAUUCAAGUAUCUCUUCCCAAACAGAGAGUCAUUUGGCUCUUGAUAGACCGUUUCUUUAAAGUAGUAUACCCAUUUGUACCAUAUCUCGAUGAAGAGGACUUUAGAUACCAAGUUGCUAGAAUUAUUGGUCCUGAAGGUUACGAAGAAACUAAGGUCGAAGUCAAUGUAGAAAAAAGAUUAGACUUGUCGUACUUGGGAGUGUUACUAGUUGUGGGAAGAUUAUCCUAUUUGUCGCUUUUUUCCAAUCGUGUUUCGAUAAAUGAAAAGAUCUUACGUAGCAAAGAUCUCACCCAUGAACAGGAAGUAAUAAAGUAUUUAUUGAUGAAUGCCGUCAAUAUUGGUGCCAUUGAUUUGGCUCGUGAAUGCCUUCACCAGUUUGAUUUGUUAAGAAAGUUGAGCUUCCCAGUAUUGCAAUGUGCUCUUUAUAUCAGAUUGUACAAUCUGCUUGCACCAGAAGACGGCGAUGGUUUGGAUGGUGGCGAUGGUCAAGUGUUUAACGGAAUGUUGGUUCAGAUGUGCUACUCUAUUGGCUUGAACAGAGAGCCUGACAAUUACAGAGAAACAUUCACAGACGAGAAAACAAAUAACUUGGGAAGAAAGAUCUGGUACUAUGUUGUAGUCAAUGAUUAUAUUCAAGCGUAUACUUUCGGCAAUCCCUUGACUACUAAUUCGACGUACUACGACACCAAAAUGCCAUUCAUCACGAGUGAUAAUACCAAUCUCAGAGACGUAGAGCUUGAUAAAUCUAUUGUGAGUUGCUACAUGUUUGAUGAAGCACUUCUCAGGGGGCCAAUACGUGAAAUCCUCAACCAAAUUUUAAACAUCAACGUGCGAGUGAAGGUCCCCCCAUUUACCCAGUAUGUUAACCAUUUGGAACUUGGUACGAUUAGUAUCUUUGGCAGAAUUCGUGAUUAUUCACACCGUUUAGAGUCUGAGGAUGUUUCUUAUCGUUUUAACAAGAUAAGAAAGGCAUAUUCCCUUAUCUCAUUCAAUGCUUUUUUCGUAUCGGUAUACUACUAUUUCUAUGAUUACUAUGAAAGCAGGGGAAACCAGGUGUUAUCAGUAUUUUAUUUGAAGAAGUUGUUGGCAAUCACUGUAGGGGAAAUGAUACCGUACUUCUUCCCUCUUAUCAUCAGAUCUGCUGAGAUCUUUGGUGAUGGUUCAGAUUUGAUGAUCAACCCUCCUAUCAUUCAGGGAAUACAACGUACAAGUGAUCUGGUAAUGAUUAUCAUGGUUAAACUCAAUUUUUGGCUUAUUAAUACUGUCAAUAAUCCUCAGCAUAAUUUCAUGAUGAAGAAUGAUGCCAAAUACAGAAACUACUUCGAAUUGGUGUCUACUUUGGUUGUUUGUUUGGAGAAAUGUGCUAAGAUUUGUCUCAUGGCCUCAUCAAUAAUGAGUAGCAGAUACUACUAUGCCUGGGGGAUCUACAAGAGCCACAAUUUCUUAUUCAAAGUUAUCAGCGAUCGGGAAUUCUAUACUCAGAACCUAGACUUUGAACUGCACUACAUACCUCCUACCAAAGAUCAACUUCAGGACAUAACCAACUUGGUACAGAACUCAUUAAAUAUCUUGAACCGCACUGUUGGUGAGCAUUGCGACAAAGUGGAUCUUAGGACCUUGUUCAAGGUGUAUGGUCAAGUUCCUAGUGUGUUGAAAGACUUGGAAACGGCUAAUCCAGAAAGUAUGAACAAGCCUACUUCUUUCAAUAUGCCUAUCGGCGACUUUCCUGGUCUUUCUAGUCCGGACACACCAUUGUCAGACACAUCCAGUGCACAGGGUGUUCUACUUGGUAGCUUUGACGACUUAAAGUAUGACGGUAGUGCUGAAAUUGACUCGUUGUGGUUGCAAAUGCUUUCACAAAAGACUAACAAACAGAAUACUUUUGAAGAGGCAUUCAAUCUCGUCGACAAUAAUGUAGCUAAUUCUAACAAUAUUCCCUCCGGAUCUGAUAGUUCUACUUUCACUGGUAGUACUGCGAAUACUGGAGUCUCUGGAAGUGGAAGUUCUGCUGCAACUUCUACGCCGGCCAAUGGACAGCAGCCUUCUACAGAUUACAAUUUCACUCUGACAAACUAUCAGCUCUUUGAGAGUUUAGGGUCUGUAUUCGAUGGAGGAGCAAACGGUCACUUUGAUUUCUUCAACGACUUGCCAUUGGAUAAGGUGUUCAACUAGUUGAAGUUAAGACGUAUCCACAAAAAGUACUAACAUCACUAUUUUAAUCUUUUCUACGAGUCUGGUUUUCUCAUUUUUUCAACCAUCUUUUAUAACUUUUCUUCGACUGGUCUAAUCUAUUGUCAUUGUGGUGUCGUGUGUUUCUUUUCAUUCUUAUCUUGUAUUUAAUUUAUUGGAGGUUAAUCAAAGUUAG